UUGAUAUCGAUAGUUGCGCGACGCGAUCUGAUGGCCCAAUUACGUCCUGAGAGUGAGGUUAUAAAGAUUGGUCGGGCUUGCAGCAUUUUCUGCCUCAGUUUCCCUGUUAGUUUGUGUAAAGUCAGAGACAAGCCAGUCUUUUGCAUAAGUAGUGUGGUAAAGUAGGUCGAAUUAAUUGAACAGGUCAGCAUGGCAUCAGACGCGGAGCCUAUAGAUUACAGCAGCCCAUUCGCGAAUUAUCGGUCGCCCUUAAGUACUCGAUAUGCGAGCAAGGAAAUGCAGUAUAAUUUCAGCGAUCAGAAGAAAUUCUCCACUUGGAGGAAACUGUGGAUCAGAUUGGCUAAAGCUGAACAGGAACUAGGCCUGGAUAUAGCGGAUGCCCAGAUCAAAGAGAUGGAAUCCCACAUCUACGACAUCGACUUCAAAGAGGCGGCUGAGGAGGAGAAACUCACCAGGCACGAUGUGAUGGCGCAUGUGCACGUCUUUGCCAAACUUUGCCCCUUGGCCGCGCCCGUUAUCCACUUGGGGGCCACUUCUUGCUUUGUGGGCGACAAUACGGAUCUGAUCAUCCUCCGGGACGGACUCGAGCUGCUUCAGAACCGAUUGGCCGGGGUUAUUCACAACUUGGCUCAGUUUUGCGAUGAAUACAAGUCUGUGCCAGCUCUGGGUUUCACCCAUCUUCAGCCCGCCCAGUUGACCACGGUGGGAAAACGCGCCACGCUUUGGCUCUUCGAUUUUCUGCUCGAUGAGCGGGCUUUGCGUAGAGCUAAGCAAGAUCUUCGCUUCAGGGGGGCCAAAGGCACCACUGGGACUCAAGCGUCGUUUAUGCAGCUUUUCAAUGGCGAUGGAGCCAAAGUGAAGGCUGUGGAUAAAAGAGUGUCGGAGUUGAGCGGCUUCAAUUCGUCCUAUCCGGUAACUGGGCAAACCUACAGCCGAAAGGUUGACUUGGAGGUGGUUGCCGUUUUGUCCUCAUUGGGCUCGACAAUCCAUAAAAUGUGCUCCGAUCUGCGCUUGCUGGCCAGCAUGAAGGAGGUAGAGGAGCCGUUUGAGAAGAGCCAAAUCGGGAGUUCGGCCAUGCCAUACAAAAGAAACCCGAUGAGAUGUGAGCGAUGUUGCGCCUUGGCUCGCCAUCUGAUUUCGCUUUUUUCAAACGCUGCGAAUACCCACAGUGUGCAAUGGUUGGAGCGCACCUUGGAUGACUCAGCUAACCGUCGCAUAACUUUAGCCGAGGCUUUUCUGUGCGCUGACGCUGCUCUGAUGACUCUCACCAACAUAACUCAGGGCUUGGUGGUUUACCCGAAGGUGAUCCAGCGGCGCAUCGAUCAAGAGCUGCCUUUUAUGUCCGCUGAGAAUAUUAUUAUGGCCAUGGUGAAGAAAGGGGGUGAUCGGCAGGUUUGCCAUGAAAAAAUACGAGUUCUUUCUCAGGAGGCGGGCAACCAAGUGAAGAUUCACGGCAAGGAAAACGAUCUUUUGGACCGAGUUCGGAAAGACGCAUACUUUGCUCCGAUUGUUUCUGAGUUGGGUUCGCUACUGGAUCCAGCUACUUAUAUUGGGCGCGCCCCUGAGCAGGUGGCCGAAUUUUUGCAAGAUGAAGUUAAGCCGGUUUUGGCGUUGUACGACUUGGAAAAAGUGGCCCAACCGGUUAAUUUGGAAAUAUAAGUCUUGUUGUUUGGUUUAA